AUGAAUCUUGGCCGUGAUGGGUUUUCUGAUACAUUCAUUGUUAACUUGAGCCUUCAGAGGACGCUUAUACUAGCACUCGCCAACCUAAUUAAGGUUACCUCCAACUUUCACCUUUCUACCAAAUUUCAAAAUGAUCCAUCUAAGCACCCCUCUUCAUUAAACGAUCUCUACUGA